AUGUCGCGAGAACAUCAUGAUAAUCAACCAAUUGGAAUCGAUCAUACUAAUGAGGAACCGUUAGAUCAUAGAGCUUCGGUGCCGUCCAUAAGAUCCGGCCAGGAAGGGCAGCAAUCGACUGCUGCUCCAAGGGUUUCAGUCUCUAAUGUACCGAGUUCGCAUGCUCGAUCCCACCCAACUUCCUCAAAUGUUAGCACCCGAGGAAAUUCUCCACCACCACCAAAGUUAACGCGACGCAAAUCCUCCUUCGUGGUGUCGGAGAAUGAAACACCCGAAAAUUCUGACGAAGAUACCGAUAAUUCUAGGAGAAGGAUCAGAAGAAGAGUUACGAGAAAUCGAUCCUAUAGGAAUCGCAGGCAAAGCGCUACCCCUAGUGAAAGUAUUGAUGAAAACGAGCGAGAGAGCCAUCGUUCGUCUCGUCGUGAAGAGGACGAUGCAAAUCAAGAUGACAUAGUGUAUAGCGGAAGCGAUCGUGAAUUUACACUCAAAGACAGGCAAGAUGCGAUUAAUAUAACACAUCCAUUUGGUCUUCCGCUAUGGAAACCUGCCUUGUACAAAAAAUCUCGUUCGGUGAUUCGUGAUGCCAAUUCUGCGUUGCAUUCGAUACCAUCAUCAGAAUUGUACUUGUAUCCAGGAAAUAUAGUUUGGGCGAUCUUAUUUGGAUGGUGGUUGGCGCUAAUUUCGUACAUCUUGUCAAUUUUUCUACUUCUGACACCAUCGGGAGGUUGGCAAUAUUCCCGAGUGUUACGAGAACUGAGUUAUUACAUAUUAUGGCCUUUCGGUAAAUAUGUAGAGCGAAUGGAGGAUGAAUGGGAUGGUGAAGAUGAAGAGCAGGGUGAAUUACAUGUUGGUGAUCAUGAUCUUCACAUUGAUGAGGAUCGCCCGCUACUGGGACGGCGAACGAGUUAUGGAAAUAUCCGAAGAAUGAAGAGAGACAACCAUGAUUUGUUCUGCGGGUUGAGCGAAAUAGGACCGGCUGGAUUUGUCUUUUAUUUCUGGUUCUUCUUGGUUAUAG